AAAGAGAGCUCAGUGCUACGAUGGUCAGCAAGCGGACAAGUCGCGCGGUGCCAACCGGGUGCAAGCAACACCGUGUCUCGUUUCUCCGUCGCGCUCUCAGUCCGUCCAUCCAUCCAUCCAUCCAUCGGUCGGCUGUUUAUGCACGGAGCGAGACGGAGCGAGUGGAUCCGCGAGGCACGAUAGAGAACGGUAUGGGAACGCGUGUCCCGCUUAAUCGCGCCUAAUUAAGACGAUUCGCUGUCGUGCGGUGGCCGCGCGAGCGCGCAUGCACUGUCAUUGACCGUCUGCGGUCCGUGCCUCGUAAAUCAUCGCGCGAGCUUCCCUACGCCUCCAAGCACAGAAUGCCGCGUAAUUGUGUCAUUACGUUGGUCGACGUACAAAUUUAUUUUCGUCGCCGUCCGGCCGUCGAUUAAUCGGCGAGCGGGCGUCACACUCGCGAAUUCGUAAAGGAAAGGAAAAGAAAAGAAAAGAAAAGAAAAAAAAAAGAAAACAAAACAUCUCGUUCGCGAGUGUGGUUCUCGAGUGAAUGAAUGGGUGGACAGAUAAUAAUAAUAAUAAUAACAACAAUAACAGUCGGAGACAGACCGGAAUCUUGCGUGCGAGAAGAAGGUUCAAAGGGAGAGAGAGAAGCCAAGCGGGAAAGUAGCACGUGCUUGCGGCGAUAUUCCGGCGAGGAAACCACGUGGCCUGUGACAGCCCUGACUGGGGACCGCUUUCCACCACCGUAACGACUGUGCCGGACGAGGGCGAGAACAGUUUUAAAAUGCCCAGAGCUUCCGUGGUACACAUGACUUCGACGGCGACCAGACCGCAGCACAUGUCGCAGGUGCUGGCUACGCUGGCGCUGUCUAUGGGAACGCUGUCGUCGGGCCUGGCAAAGGGUUACACUUCGCCAGCCUUGGACUCCAUUCUGGACAACCAGCCGCCUCACCUUUAUCAAACUUCCAACAACGACACUUGGUCGGCUUUCUCGGUGACGCAACAAGAAGCCUCGUGGGUCGCGUCGUUGUCGAUGCUGGGCGCAUGGUUCGGCGCUAUGAUCGGCGAUUGGAUAAUGAGGAGGGGUCGCAGAUUGGCGCUCCGUGUCACGUCCUUGCCGCUGGCCGUCGUCUGGAUCCUCACGGGCAUCGCACCCUGCGUCGAGCUGGUCUACGUCACCAGCUUCAUCGGCGGCCUCUGUUGCUCCGUGAUCACUAUGGUGGCACAGGUGUAUAUAUCGGAGAUCUCGAUGCCGGGGAUCAGGGGUUGUCUGUCGGCGAUGUUGAAGGUGCUCGGCCACGUCGGCGUGUUACUGUCGUACAUCGCGGGCACGUACCUGAAUUGGCGGCAGAGCGCGUUGCUGGUAGCCAUAGCUCCGUCGAUGCUCUUUCUGGGGACACUGUUCAUACCCGAGACGCCGUCGUACCUCGUGCUCAACGGCAAGGACGACGAGGCUGCCAACAGCCUGCAAUGGCUGCGCGGUGAUCACGUCGACAUACGUCACGAACUGCAGGUGAUCAAAACGAACAUCCUCGCCUCGCGAGCCAAGCAGUACGAGCUGACGUUCAAGAACAGCAUGUUCACGCCGCGGCUGUACAAGCCGAUCGCCAUCACUUGCGGGUUAAUGUUCUUCCAACGGUUUUCUGGGGCGAACGCGUUCAAUUAUUACGCGGUCAUUAUAUUCCGUCAGACGCUCGGUGGCAUGAAUCCUCACGGCGCGACCAUUGCAAUUGGCUUCGUGCAAUUAUUGGCUUCUCUGUUAUCAGGAUUCCUGAUCGACAUCGUGGGCAGGCUACCGCUGCUGAUAGCCAGCACGGUGUUCAUGUCGCUGGCGUUGGCAGGUUUCGGCAGUUAUGCCUACUACGUGUCGCAGACGCAAAAUCUUGGGUAUCCGGACUCGGCGGUGGUCGGCCAACACGACUGGAUACCGCUGCUCUGCGUGCUCGUCUUCACGACCGCUCUGGCUCUGGGCAUAUCGCCAAUUUCGUGGUUAUUGAUUGGCGAGCUCUUUCCUCUGGAGUAUCGCGGCCUCGGCUCGAGCAUCAGCACCAGCUUCAGCUACUUCUGCGCGUUCGUCGGGAUCAAGCUCUUCAUGGACUUUCAGCAGACGUUCGGUCUGCACGGAGCGUUCUGGUUCUACGCGGCGGUCGCCGUGUGCGGGCUGUGUUUCGUUGUGUGCUGCGUGCCGGAGACCAAGGGGAAACAACUGGACGAGAUGAAUCCGGACUACGCGCAGGCACGGUAGUAUAAGGCCUCGUUGACGGGGGGAUUGUCGAACCUGGAGAAAUCCAACAAACCCCUGCCAGGAGGUGCCUAUCCGAAUCAGCACGACCCGAGGGAGCUGUACAGCGCGAAUCCAGCCACGGAUGUACCAACUACAUCCCGCCAGGCACCAAUCUACAGGAGCAAUCAUCGCAAACUGUCCGACUACUGCAACAUCUUCGCCGAGAAGACGAACCGAAUCGGCCGGAACGUCGAGAGUUUCAUGCAGUCGCGCGGAUUCUUCGCGGCGCGUCGUUCCACCGACGAAAGCUCGCGCAGCAACGCGACGAACGUAACGCACCGAAGCAACGGCGACGUGAUCAGAAACGACUAUCGAUUCGCCGACCCGAGGCUGGCCGAACGAGCCGAGGUACGC